AGCCAAAGGAUUAUCCGGGAUAGAGGUAAUGCAAACUGGAGUCCGGUCAAUUGUUCAGGUUGUUCAGGAAGUGAGUGAAAGUGGCCUCUACGAAAGUCGAGCUCAAAGCAUGUAGGCGCCCAUUUAUCCCAGUCUGGUACAGUACGUAGCGGCAAUCACCAAGUCCGGCUCCUGUUUCGCCCUGACCUCACCGUUUAACACAUCCCAGUCGUCUCUGAUACCCUCUGAAGAUAUAUGUCCAGCAUUGUCACUCGCCUGACGCUGGGCACUGCAGGGCUGACGUGCAAGACAUUCUUGAAUAGCGGAUACUGUUCAUCGGUCACUGUUACUGGUUUUGAGAACCUGCGGCAGGCGUUGAAAGAUGAACGUCGGAGGGGUGGCAAAGGCGUCAUAACAAGUGAGUACCAUGCUCAACUAGACGAUCCACUGACAUGGGGGAUACUGCCUUGGAGAUGGUGCUUCCAGCCCAGGAUGGUUCGCUGGUCCUUGGGCGCUGCAGAUAUCAUAUUCACCAACCCUCUGUUCUCCGCAUUCUUCCGCAGUGGUCAGGUGCUUGAGACGUUCCGAGGGCAAGGGAUAUACCAACCCGCAGUUGAUGUUGCGAUAGAGAACUUGAACCAUGGGGAAUGGAUUCAUCUAUUCGGAGAAGGGAAAGUACAUCAACCGGGGCGCUAUUUGCCGGCCCCCAAGCUCGAAGAGCAGCCAAUAUUCAAGUGGGGCGUUGGUCGUAUUCUCAUGGAAGCCGAGCAGCCACCCACAAUAAUCCCGAUGUGGCUUACUGGCUACGAAGAUCUCAUGCCAGAAGGCAGAUCAUGGCCGUGGAAGCUUUUCCCUAAACGUGGUGUCGCACUCAGCGUCACUUUUGGAGAGCCUAUUCUGGCAGACAAGAUUCGGAAACCGAAGCAAAUGAGGGUUGCCCGGUUGCGAAGCGAAAUCACUGCGUUGCUGCAACGGGAGGUCACAACGCUUGGCCGAAACGUUCUUAGCAGGAAAUCUUAGCUUGAUUGCUGAUAUGCUGAUGUAUACCCCUCUUUGAAAUUCUUUCCAAAGCUCUGAG